CGGACAAUGGCGUGGUGAACCCUGGCAAGCCGAAACUGGGGCUGCGAGACUUAUCGCUGCAUAGUCGUCGUCUGCUCUCUCGUCAGCGAGCGAAAACUCACUCGACAUGUCAGCAGCGUGUGCACGGGGGCUUAGACGUUGGUGAGCAGGAGCUGGUAACUCUGGAUGACAUCCGGGCAGCCAAGCAACGACUACUACAGAACAAGCUGGUGGUUCGCACCCCGCUGCUGCGCGAGGUACAGGCAAUGUUUCCGGGUGUGGAGGACAUAAGACUUCACCUUAAGCUGGAGAACAUGCAGACAGCGGGGUCGUUCAAAAUCCGGGGAGUAGUCAACCAAAUUGAUCAUCUGUUGGAAACCCAAGAUCUCACGGACAAAAAACUGGUAACCAUGUCUGCGGGGAAUUAUGGGAAGGCAUUCGCAUAUUAUCUUCAGUCGGCCCGAGUGUCAGGCGUGUGUGUCAUGCCAGUCACAGCACCAGAGAACAGGGUUCAGCUCAUACGAAGUCUCGGCGUGGAAGUUGAACUGCGGGCGCUCCCUGACCUGCAGGUCACCGUGGACAAGCACGUGGCAGAAGAAGGCUACGUCCUGUGUCACUCCUUCGACGACCUUCACCUUAUCGCGGGUCACGCCUCGUGUGCCAUGGAGGUGCUAGAGGAGGGUCUGACACCUGACGUGGUGCUGGUGUGCUGUGGAGGAGGCGGGCUGGUGUCAGGUGUAGCAGCAGCUUUCCACCUGGCCUCCCCAAAACCUGUCAAAGUGUACGCCGUGGAGCCAGAAGGAGCUAACACAAUGUGGGAGAGCUACCGAGCGGGGAAGCCUGUCAGCAAGGAAGUCAAAUCAGUGGCAUCAGGUUUGUCGCCGCCCUAUGCAGGUCGCCUUUGUUACGCACACUGCAAGCGCUUCGUAGAGGACGUCAUCUUGGUGUCGGAGGAGGAGAUCGUUCAGGCCAUGCACGAGCUGUUCGAGCGAGGCCUGAAGGUCGAACCUGCAGGCUGCGCCGCCAUGGCCGCCAUCUUGAACCACCGUGUACCGGAAGUGGAGGGCAAGGACGUGCUGGUGAUCGUCUCGGGAGGCAACGUGUCUGUGCAGGAGCUGUACCAACUUCUGCCGAAAUAAAGCACGGGAGGUGCAUAACCACAGACCCGGGUGUGCAUUUAUACACACAUGUGCACUUGAUACUUGAUUGUGCGCGUGUGUGUAUUCAUGGUGUUAGCUUUGUGUACAGCACAGACCCCAAGCGCUUACACCACCUACAAGAUUAUCUCCUUGUAACAUGGAAAUAAAUGAAAUAAAUAAAUCCUUCCUAAUUUGCUAA